AUGGCUGCCCCCUCACCACCAUUUACUCCGUCUCCAUUGACGCAGCAGCUGCUCCGUCUUCAUCUUCUUCGUCGAGCUCAAGCCAGCUUCACCUGUUGCUUCUUCUUCUUCAUCUCUGCUGCGUCGACCUCCAGCUCCUCACAGUCCGUCGAGCUCCAGUCAGCCACCAUGGCUGCUGCUUCGUCUUCAGCUGCCCUCUCGUCGUCACCACCCCAGCUCCACCAUGAACGACCAACAACCAUGGUUAUUGUUUCUUCAUCUUCGUCUUCUUCGUCAAGCUCAACCAGUCCAUCGACCUCCUCGUCGACCACUUUUCAGCGACGUGAGGCAAUCCGUCGACCCCCUUUCUGCUUCACCUUCUUCGUCGUCAAGCUACAAUCCAUGUCGUCCUCAGUAUCUGCAAGUCACUUGUUACCGGAGGUGUCGCCGAAGGUUCAAAAUCCACAUAGCAUUAAAUACAAUGGCAGCCCUCUNCCACUUUUCAGCGAUGUGAGGCAGUCCAUCGACCCCCUUUCUGCUUCACCUUCUUCGUCGUCAAGCUCCAGCCAUGAACGACCAGCACCCCAUGGCAGCCCUCCAGUCGCAAGCUCCAACGACCCCCUCCCAUGGCCGCUGCUUCUUCUUCAUCAGUCAAGCAACUGCUCCCCAUUUCCAGCCGUGAACCAGCAGCUCAGUCAUAUGUCGAGUUUUCCGUUUGAUUUGGUUAUAGCUGCUGUAAUUUGA